UAAUCUUCAUUUCGUUUCUAUGGACACCCACCACUGUCGGUGUGUCGAGUUGCCGUAGAUUUUUCUGCUAUUUUGAAGACUUCUUCUUCACAAAUUUAUUCCUCCCUUGAUUAAUUAAGCUUGUUGCAAGAAAUGGCCGGAGGAACAAAAGGCACCACAAUUAAAGAAGCCCUUGCAAGAUGGGAGGCAAGGGAACAAGAGGCAAGUCAGUCCCAAGAAAAAAUAAAAGCCAGUGAUGCUAAGUGUGUCAAACUCCUCUUCCAGAUCCCACCCAUUGAUAAAAUGGAUGCAUCCCUUUCAACUCUUAGCAACUGCACGCAAUUGUCCCUUUCAACAAAUGUGAUUGAAAAGAUCGCAAACCUGAAUGGCUUAAAAAACCUGAAGAUUCUAUCACUUGGCAGGAAUCUUAUAAAGAACCUCAAUGGCUUGGAAGCAGUAUCAGACACAUUAGAAGAGCUGUGGAUCUCCUAUAAUUAUAUUGAGAAACUGAAAGGCAUUCAAGUACUUAAGAAACUCAAAGUGUUGUACAUGUCGAAUAAUUCUGUCAAAGAUUGGGGUGAAUUUGAUAAACUCAACCAGCUUCCUUGCCUCGUAGAGCUUGUGUUUGUAGGUAACCCACUGGAGGAGAAUCAUUCGCAAGUAGGAGACUAUGUACCACUAGUCAGGAAGAAGUUACCGGGUCUAAAGAAGUUAGAUGGUGAGCCCCUUGUUGAUGAUAAUAUGGAGCAAGAUGAAGAAGACUGAAGGAAUGAAAAUUUCUGCAGAUGAAUAUUCCUACAACCUUUGUCUAUUUUUUUUUACAUUUUGAAUCCGUCCCAUACCUUUGAAAGAACAUUGUGAAAAUAGGACUUAUUUUCUCCCAAUGCUUUUGGGCACCAUCUUACAAAUAGUUUUUCCGAUCAACCUCAAGUUCAUGUGGAAAUAACAAUAAGUUAUAUAAUUAAUAAGUUAAGUCAUGUACUUAUGGAAAUCCAUCAAUGUCAUAGUUUUUUUUGUUAGGAAAUUUGCACGAUGUCCUUUGAAAAAAAGUUAAGCUUACUGAAUUGUCAAGAAAACAGCAAAUGUAUAAAUAUACAUCAUAACUAAAAAUGUUUUGAAGAAACGUGUAUUUUAGAUGUUGAUUUUUGCUGGCUUUCCAUAGUUGUGGUUGGUGGGUUCAAUCGUAACUCUUUGUAAGAUUGGGCUCUGGUGUUAUCAGUAAAUCCAUAUUUAACAUUUUCCCCAUCAAAUGAUUGUGCCUUCUUUGAAUAUAUAUAUUCUUUCCCUUUACUCUUGAUUUACCCUUAAUCUCCUUAAGCUGUACUUCAUAUCAAUUGACCACUUAAUAUGUAGAUUUCUUUUCUAGUUGUAAGGAUACAUGUACAUGGCCUUACAUUGACAGAUUUAAUUGAAAUUUGAUAUACAGUAUAGUAAUUAAUGUGUAUGUUUGAUUUGAGUUACCGGUAUGUGUGCACCAAAAUGAAAGAAUGAUUUUAUAGAAAAAAAUGAAAGAAAAUUUAUGUUUUUAGCAUGGUGGCUCUAUAUGCCUGUCUCUGAUCAUUCCAAAUUGCUUGUUAUAUUGAGCCCAAUAAUUGAAGGAGUUGCUUGCAAUUUUCUGAGACAAAAUGGACAUUAUUAUUUAUUCUUUUUUUUUUUGGGGGGGGGGCAGGAG